AUGGGGGACGUACGUUUGAGUUUUGAAGAACGUAAGCAGGUUAUUAAGUGGUACUGGAAGUUUGAGAAUGUAAAUGAAGUUCAAAGACAGUGGAGAGUUAUGGGUAGCAUCAUUUGGUCGGAUGAAGCCCAAUUCAAACUUAAUGGAACUGUCAAUAGGCACAAUUGUGUUUACUGGAGUGAAGAAAAUCCUCACAUUACAAUUGAAAAAGCUAUAAAUUUGCCUGGUAUAAAUGUGUGGUGCGGUUUGUCUUCAAGGGGACUCAUUGGACCUUUUCGAUUUGAAGGCACUGUAACUGGUAUUAAUUACCUAACAAUGCUUGCUGAUUCCAUAUUUCCUGCCAUUCGUGCAUUAUACGGUAAUGAUGAUUUUUAUUUUCAACAAGAUGGUGCUCCGCCGCAUUAUCACAGGGACGUACGAGCUUACCUGGAUCAAAAUUUGUCGGGUCAGUGGAUAGGACGCAGGGGGCCAAUCGAGUUUCCAGCACGCUCUCCAGACCUUACACCACUGGAUUUCUUCUUGUGGGGCACAGUAAAAGAUGAGGUGUACAAACGUAAACCACGUAACCUAGACAUUCUUUGGAAUGAGAUUCAAGCAGUGUGUAGAGAAAUCUCAUUGGACGUUUUGAUACGAUGUACAGAAUCUGUGGUGACUCGUACUCAGAAUUGUAUUGAUGCUGCAGGUCACCAAUUUGAACAGUAUUAA